AUGGCCUACCGAAGACUUAAAGAAGAUGAAAUUAUGCAGCAUCUCUUUGAUUAUGAGGUUAGUGAGAAUGGAUUUGAUGAUGAUGACGACAGCGUUGUGCAUCCAAAUUUUAUUCCAGAUCCGGAGCUCCCGUUUGAGGAUGAAGAAAUUGAAGAAGUUGAGGGUAUUGACUUUGACAGUAUUAUGGAAGACCUGGAUCACAAUAUUAUUUCCUACCAAUAUCCAGCUACAUCUACACCUUCUCCUCAGCCAGAGCCAUCACCGUGUUACACAAACACGAAGCACGGAGAUAGGAAAAAAGGUCCACCAAAUAGCAAAAAACUUUACAACAACCCUUUUUCGUCGGAGGUUAAAAAUUCAAGUGAAAAACGCACUUACAAACCAUCCGAUGGUAAUUAG